UCCCUCCAAGCCCUCAGUCCAACUCGAAGGCGCAUGGCGUGAGCAAUGGCAGUGGUGCUGGCGCCGCUGGGGCCGGGCGUGGCUGUAGGCAGAGCGCCAGCAGCGAGCCAUCAGGAGCCCCAGGUGCCUCGGCAGGUGUGCAGCGACCAGGGCGCGCUGAGCUAUGGGGACUGCCGCGGUCUCGAGGCAGACAUGAAGCCGGAUCUCCACUGGCUGCUGGUGACUCGGGAGGACGGGCGCUUCGAGCUGCAGCCGGUGGGCGCGUGGUACAACUUCGAGCGCGCGGGCUUCGACGUGGAAGAGGAAGAGGCCAGUGAGGAGGUGAAAGGCAAGAAGCGCAAGCGGCCGUACCGCAACUUCGGCGAGGAGGGCCUCAAGAAGGAGGCUCUUCUGCGGAGAGAGCAGGACAACCGCUGGAACGGCAUGCUGGAGCGCCGCGCAGUGCGCACCGGCCGCUGGACCGACGCCUCAGGCGGCUCAAGGAUCCGCGCGCAGAUCCUUGGAGACUUCAGCUACACAGGGGACGGCGUUGGCGUGGAGGUGCUUGGCGUUCUGAAGUCCAUCAGCUCGCUGGGCACAAUGCAAUGCCUGAAGGAGCUGGAACAGCUGGAGUCCAUGCCCUGGCAUGAGAAGCAGCAGCUGCAAGCGGAGCUGCGCGCGCGGCCGCAUUGGCUGCAAGAAGCGGUGCAGCAGCUGGCGGAGCCGGGCAUGGAGCAAAACGACGCCGAGCUCAGCAUCCUGUCUGGCGUGGCGCGGGACCGUGCAGAGCAGAAGGCGCAGCGGAAGGCGCGGCACAAGAAGGCCAAGGCACAGAACCAGCACGAGGAUGUGGAGGAUGUGCCUGAGACAGCCAACGCACUGAAGCAGCUAAAGUCUGAGAGAGGUGAGGGCCUUUGGGACUUUGAGGAUGCGGAAGAGUUUUCGGAUGACGAGCAGGAGGAGGAGGAUCGCCGGGAGCCCAUCGAGGGCCAUGCCGUGCUGGCGCCCGAGGAGGUCGAAAGCGACAGCGAUGAAGAAGGUGUUGUGAUGAGCAAGCAUGGUCAGGAACUGGAGGAGCUAAUAAAGAAGCAAGAUCCCAACGACGACGGUGACUCUGAGGAGCGCUCCACCGAGCCCGUGCCGGAACCGGCCCCGCGGGAGGAGGUGCCUUCGGCGCCGCGGGAGAAGGAGCAGAAGGCCAAAGCCAAGGGCAAGAGCAAAGCCAAGGCCAAGGUGAAGCCGCCAAAGGAGCCACGGGAGCCAAAGCCACAAGAGCCAAAGAAGCCAAAGAAGCAAAAGGAGCCAAAGGAGCCACAGGAGCCAAAGGAGCCAAAGGAGCCACAGGAGCCACAGGAGCCAAAGGAGUCACAGGAGCCAAAGGAGUCACAGGAGCCACAGGAGCCACAGGAGCCAAAGGAGCCACAGGAGCCAAAGGAAAGGAGGGAGCCGAAGCAUGAGCCAAUGGAGCCUUUGAAAGCGCCAAAGACGGAGGCCACGAAAGAGCCUGAGCUGACGGAAGAGGAGCUCAGGCAUAAGGCGGUGAGCUUCUUGCGACACAAGGGCGGCUCUAGUUACCUCAGCCUCGUGUCGGCCGCGCUGGGCCUGAAGAGCGCCAAGUCAGCGCUGGCGCAGAAAGCGGUAGCUGCGCUGCGCGAGGUCGCUUACACCGACAAAAUGCCGGGGGAGGCGAAGGUGGCAAUUCUGCUCAAGGCGGAAUACUGGGGCCACGUGGCUGAAGGGCCUGCUGCGCCCGACUUGGCAGAGAAGAGGCCGUGGGCGUACCUGGAUGGCUCAGGGCAGGUGGUGCAGCGCCGGGACCAGGCGGCGCGCGCCACCGGGGCCAACGGAGUGGACUAUUUUCGGGCCCAGCUCCUGAGCGGCCCCAAGUCGUCCUGCUGGCUGCCGGCUUGCAAAGCUGCGCACUCGUGACGUGCGCGACAUUUUGAGUUCAUUAGUUGACAGGCUGCCUAGAAAAUCUGCCGGCAAGUGGCUCGGCAAGGUUCAUGCAGCCUGCUAAACGUAGGAAGGGCCAGGCGCGACCUGAGGUGCCGGCUCCGAGGCAAACUUGUUCG